UUAAAAAUGAUUUUAGCUUAUUUUCAUUUCUUCUUUUUAAUAUCUUUUAUUUAUUUAUUUUAGAUAUGUAUUUCUGACGUAGCGCUACCAAGACAUCCCAAACAUAAAAAAAAACAUAAUACAUUUUCACAUUGAGAAGAUGAAUUACAAACCCGCAGAAAUGCAAAGUAUCGAUAAGGCUAAAAACUAUUUCUCUGAAAGUGGAAUCCUAGGACCAACGAAUUUUGAAAGUUCGCGUGACUUGAUUCGCAAAACUUCCACCAUCCACAAUAAUACAACUCUAAAAAAUCAGAUACGAAAUACAUCAGUGUGUCUCCGGUCAAGAGUGUCUAAAGACAAAAGUGCAACAAAAAGUUACGACGAUUCCCUAAUUUUGCUUCAAAAUGAAAUUUGUAAUAUAAAAAAUAUUUUAGUCCAUGGUGACACUAAAAUUAUAGUACUGCGUACUGAAAUUGGUAAACUUAAGCAAGCACUUCAAGCAAUCAUAAACGUCCAAAAGGAAGACCGAAACUGCUCUCCUGAAAUCGUUAAGAGAGUUUAUAAUCCGACGCCAAGUCCUUGUUUAUUUUGCCAGCCAUAAAUAUUUUCACAAAUGAAGGAAGCAAAAAAAUAAACUGAGUAACAUACCAGAGACCAGAGAGAAUGGCAAAGCAAAAUAUUGUUGUUUAUACUUGUUAUUUAUGUAAUGAUAGCGUAUUAUAUUCAAUAGGUCGUUUUUAUAAUGUAGUAGGCUUUCUAAAAUAGCUUAAAAAAUUAGUUUCAUAGAAAUAAAAGAAAAUAAAUUUACCCCUAAAGUA